GUGAUAGUGACGUGAGGUGGUCCGAGGGGUGGAGUUGGUGGGGUCACCCGUACCCGGCGGGGUGGGGGAAGCCGGUUGUAACCGAGGACGACAGGCGACUCCGGUUUACUGACUGACCCGCACGAAGAUGGCAUCGCCGGCUGCCGUCCGAGCAUCGAGCGCUCGCAAGGUUGUCCUGGUAACGGGAGCGAACAGCGGCAUUGGACUGGCUCUUUGUGGUCGCAUUCUGUCUGAGGAUAACCAGAUACACCUUUGUAUGGCAUGUCGAAACAUGCAGAAAGCAGAGGAUGCUAAGUCCGAACUUCUGCUGUCACAUCCAGGAGCUGAUAUUAGUCUUUUGAAGAUAGACAUAGGAAACGUUAACUCGGUGAUCAAAGGAGCAAUAGAAAUAAAACAAAGGUAUCAACGUUUAGAUUAUCUCUAUCUAAAUGCUGGGAUUAUGCCAAACCCUCGUUUCAAUUUGAAAGCCUUUCUAGAUGGCUUAUUUUCCAGGGAAGUAUUUAGUAUGUUUACCACUGGGAAUGGAUUGCUAACACAGGAAGAUUGGCUUACCGAUGAUGGACUACAGCAGGUCUUUAUGACAAAUGUCUUUGGACAUUUUUUACUAAUUCGAAACUUGGAACCUUUGUUUGAUCAAGCUGGCUGUACAUCACAGAUAAUUUGGACGUCUUCUAGAAAUGCAAGAAAAUCUGCCUUCAGUUUAACUGACUACCAACAUAGCCAAGGCCAGGAAUCUUACAGUUCGUCUAAAUAUGCAUCUGAUCUUUUGAGUGUAUCCUUGAACAAACACUAUAAUAGCAAGGUUGCCUACCUGUACAUGUCACGAACCAUGCCACAGAUAAUUCCUGCUGCCCUUGGGUUAAGUGUGUUGAACUGCCACAGAUCAAAGGCCUUCUGACCCCUGCCAGCAUGUCAAACAUUGUCAGGCAUGAUAUGCUACCUGUAAUUAUGCAUUACGUCAGGGAUUCCCAACCUUUUUUAUGCCACGGAGCCUUAACAUUAACCGAGGGAUUUGUGGACCCCAGAUUGGGAACACUUGCACCAGGUAGACAUUGAAUUGAAUGAAUUGACUGUAUACUUAUAUCCUUCAUAUACAUGAGGAGUAAAAAUCUUUAUGGUACAUCUCCGUCUCAAUGUGCAAUUUAUAGUAAUUUAUAAUAAAUAAUAUGUACAACAAGAUAGUCAGUAUAACAUAGAAAUACAGUUGUGUCAGCAUGAGUUAAGCAGUCUAAUGGAAGAAGCUGUCCCAAAGCCUGUUGGACCUGGCUUUUAUGCUAUGGUACAGUUUCCUGGAUGGGAGCAGCUGGAACAGUUUGUGCUUGGGGUGACUCAGAUCCCCAAUGAUCCUUUUUACACACUUGUCUUUGUAGAUGCCCUGAAUAGUGGGAAGUUCACAUCUACAGAUCUGCUGGGCUGUCAGCAUCACUCUCUGCAGAGUCCUACAAAUGAGAGAAGUACAGUUCCCAUACCAGGCAGUGAUGCAGCUAGUCAGGAUGCUCUCAGUUAUGCCCUUAUAGAAAGGAUUUGGGGGCCCACAUCAAACUUCUUCACCACAAUCAGUAUGUACAGACCACAUGAGAUCCUCGGUGAUGUUUAUCCCGAGGAACUUUAGGCUGUUCACCCUCUAAACCCCAGACCUAUUGAUGUCAAUAGGGGAUAGCCUGUCUCCAUUCUUCCCAUAGUCCACAACCAGCUCCUUUGUUUUUGCAACAUUGAGGGAAAGGUUGUUUUCUUGACACCACUGUCUCUGGGUGGUGACUUCUUCUCUGUUGGCUGCCUCAUUAUUAUCUGAGAUUAGGCCAAUCAGUGUAGUGUCGUCAGCAAAUGUAAUUAGCAGAUUGGAGCUGUGGGUAGUGACACAGUCAUGGGUAUACAGAGAGUACAGGAGGGGACUUCAUACACAGCCCUGAGGGGGACCUGUGUUGAGAGUCAGAGAGGCAGAAGUGAGGGAGCCCACUCUUACCACCCGCCAGCAAUCUGACAGGAAAUCCAGGAUCCAGCUACAUAAGGCAAGGUGGAGGCCGAGGUCUCUGAGCUUCUUGUCGAGCCUGGAGGGAAUGAUGGUGCUGAAUGCUGAACUGUCGUCCAAGAACAGCAUUCUCAUAUUGAGUUGCAGUAUAUCUAAUAUGAUGCAAACUUUGGCACUGUGCAUCACAUGUAAACCAUGAAAUAAUGGAUAGGCAGAUGCCUUAUGUCAGUUGGAGUGAGAAGCAAAAUAACUUGUCUGUUGAUUAGUACAAUAAUUUGUUUUCUCUGCAUAUUUCCUUCACCAACAUGACGUUGGACAUGAAACCAACUAUUAUGCACUACAAAUAAAUACUGUGGAAUUGAAUCUUGUUCCCAGAAAUUCCUAUGCUUAUUUUAAAAAAUUGUAGCAAUGUAAAUAAUUGGAAUUGUCUCCUUUCUCAAAUUUCGUAUCGAGAAUGUGCCAUUUUUUAUAUAUAGUUCUCAUGCACACACUUAUACAAAAAUACAUUAUAUAUACAGUGGAUUCUGGUUAAUUGGGGUAGCUAUUUAUUUGGGACAACUUUUAAAGAAUAUAAACUAAAUUGAGAAAAUAACCAAGAUUACAUUCACUUACUUGAGAUACUACCAGCUUAACUGGGGCAGGAGACUGUUGUCGAACACUUUCUAACUAGCAUCGGUCACAUGCACAUACAUGGCCGUUAGACAUGACGCUGUGCUUAGAGUGAACAGUUUUUUUAAUAUUUUUUUUUAUUAAAUUUUUAAGAGAAUUAUAUAAAAUGAAUAGAAUAAUAGUGAUGAAAAUUAAUAUUAGCCCUCCCCCCCCC